AUGUCCCCAUAUCACGACCACUUUGUUAAUUUUAAAUCAAUUCCCCCACACGCAAUCGAAGCUGCCAACAAACAUACCUUUGAUGCCAUAGGCAGAGGUGACCUGCCCAUCAAGAUCCCUAACGGCAAGAACAAGACUCAUAUCCUGUUAACAAAUGUCCUUUAUGCCCCAUCAAUGGGAGCGACUCUCAUUUCAAUUAGUAGACUCACCCAUGCAGGCUAUGCAGCCCUAUUUCGUGGUGACUCAUGCUGA